UGAAAAUUCACUUCUUUGCUGGAUGGGCUGUGACGGCUCUUUGCUUGCAAUUAACUUUUUUUUUUACAUUUUUCUUUUUGGGUGGAUGUGCGCGACUUUUUGCGGGACGAUUUUAUUAUGGCGCCAAAACGAAAAGGAACCAAAGAGCCCAAUCAAGAUCGUCGAUCCAAGGCUUCAAAACAGUCAAAGGGCCAGACAUCGAAAAGUGAGCAAGGGAGCGAUGAAUUCAAAUCCCACAUUCCGGCUGUUGAACUGUCAAAGGAGGUAAUGGCAGUUGUCAUUCCAACAACUUCGACUUCAAAAAAAGCAGCACCCGUCAGUGCACUCGCAGCCCGGAAAGCAGCAAGAGCAGCAGCAGCGUCAGCGUCAGCAACCUCAGCAGCCCCGGAACCUGCAACAGAAAAAGUUAUCAAAACCUCGGCAAAGGAGAAAUCAAAAUCUGCCCAACGCCCGAUCAGCGCCUUGGCGGCCAGACGUGCUGCCAAAGCAGCUGGUGCUUCUACUGCAACCGCAAGCCCGAGCCCCGAGCCCAUUGACGUUCAGCAGGAUACCAGUGACUUGCAUCCUGCAGACGACGAAGACGACGCUAAUACAAGUGACGAAGGAAUGCCAUCACCUGUGUCAGUAACUCGCGGUGGCGAAUCUGAGCAAGACAUUGUCAUGGCUGACACGGAACCGGUUGAAGCAACACUUGAUAUGGGCGCCUCCUCUUCAGAGGACAAUAAAUCACACAAUACAGCCAUCACACCAUUGAAACGUAUGGAGCCAAAAAAACAAAGGAGUUUAUACUUAGAUCCACACUCUGUCUCGAGAUUCACACCAUCAGAUACAAAUGUGCUGCCUUUUGAAAAGGAUGGCGAUCAUUAUCUUUUGCUAGGAUUGAAAAGUGAAGAGGACAUUGUAUUUGUGGGUAAUGUUCUCAUAGCACCCUUGUUUGGUGCCAUCACUGUCAUGGGUGCCACGUUGUCCUCUCAAUAUACAACUGCAGAUGUCUCCUCCCAAAUCUUUGAUCUAUCAUUCUAUCCUAUCUAUUCACCAAAAACACACGCUCUGCUCAGAUUGCAACCGAUCGAUGGAUCACAAAAGUCUACAUUAACGCAAGAUCGAGCGCCUUUAAAGGACAAGAUCAACUUGAAAAAUAUCACUGGAUCUUCGUCUCUGAUCUCAGCAGUGAAAGGUUUUUCGACGGUCGUCGUCCUUCGAGAUAUGCACUGGAAUGGAAUUGCCGAUGUGGAGCAGAUUCUGCCCAUGUUUAAAGGUAUAUUUGAUUUGGAUCGAACCAAGGACAUGACCCCGUUAAACCAUAUCCCUGGAUUCUACCCGGUACUUUCCGUCACUGCGGGUCUCAAAGCGAUACAAAUCCCCGUGUCAUGGUCAACACAGACGAAACACAUUCUUUCCUCGUCAACCGAUCGACCUAAACCAGGUGUGUCUGUUGUUUGUGGCAGUCAAAAAAUGGGCAAAUCUUCUUUCGCUCGGUACCUCACAAACAGAUUACUGGAUGUUCACCGACGUGUUGCAUUCUUGGAAGCGGAUCUCGGCCAAACCGAGUUUACCGCACCGGGAAUGAUUGCAUUGCAUGUAUUGGACCAGCCCAUCCUCGGUCCUCCCUUCACCCAUCAACACUGGAAACCAAUGAGAAGCUAUUUUAUCGGCUCCACUUCUCCCAAGGAUGAUCCCAGUUACUAUAUGGACUGUUUGACUGAGCUGCUUCAAAUCUGGCGAUUCAACUUUGACAAUGAUGCAGCAGACCAAGAAUCCGAAAAAGUGCCUCUUGUCGUAAAUACCCACGGAUGGACAAGAGGUUUAGGCUAUGAUCUGCUCCUAAGUAUCAUUCAAAAAGCGAUACCAACCGAUAUCUGCGUCUUUCAAUCUUCCAUUGCGUCGCGCAACCUCCCCGCAUCGUUCACGACUUCAGUUUAUCAUUCGGACAACCCAAUGGCAACCGUGCAAUCACAGCCACCGACAUUACAUUAUCUGGAAAGCGCCGUGGCUUACGGUACAUUUGCUGACAAGUAUCACGGCGCCGAUCAUCGCAACCUAUCUUUGGUGUCGUAUUUCCAUCAACAAGUAACCUCUUUUUACAAGCCUGGCCAACGGUGGUGGGAUUUCCGUACUCGGCUAGUUGAGAAGGUGCCUUGGUCUGUGGAUUGGCGCCAAGGGUUCAAUGGGAUCUGGGUUUUGAAUAACGAUGUGCCUCUUCGCGAUUUGCUGUAUACACUGAACGGAAGCAUUGUCGCUCUUAUCGGUGAUGUCGUGGACGGCGAACAAGUAGACGGACCCAAUAACCAAGUGACCAUUCAGCCAAGGGGCGAGAAAGCGUCGAUUGAACUGCCCAAAUACUACUCGUCCCUCGAUUAUCCUCCGCCGCCUCCUCAAGCGACCACUUGCCACGGCUUGGCGAUUGUGCGAGCGAUUGAUCCCUCACGACAUGCCAUGCUUUUGCUCACACCGCUCCCUGUUGAACGAUUGAAGAAAGUGUCAGGUCUAGUGAAAGGCGAUAUUGAGCUGCCGAUCUGGUGUAUGCUCGAUCAUCGCAAUGGAGCUGGCGGUGGUAUUGCUGGUGUUCCUUGGCGGCAAGUUAGCUAUGUAACGGUAGAAAAUGUCGAAGGAGUGGGAGGAGGUGCCAUCCGAGUCCGUCGCAACUUGAUGCGUCGAUCGCAGAUCACUUUGUAGAUAUAAUUGCAUUUUCAUGUAUUACACUCAGUAGAAAAAAAAUUCCUCCAUUCAUUGAAACGUUAUUGUAAUUUCGCAUCCUUCAUUUUCUAUCAAUACAAACAAGUGACAUUCUUUCUUAUCGGUAAAAAAUUGAUUGCCUACUGGUUGAAAUAAACUUCAAGGAACUUCUUUUU